AGUGUGUGUGAGGUGGUAAAGGGAGCAGUGUGGUUGUGUUGUCCCGGGCAACUGACUUAAUGAGUCCCACCAGACGCUGUGCUGAGUGGUCGUCAGCUGUCUCUCCUCAGUCCCGACACCUGGUGGAGGAGCUUUGCGACGACAACAACAAUGGCGGCUGGUUUUCGAAGGAGAGUUAAUACUGUGUGUAUUGACCUCAUAAAGGGCACAAUCCCCAGCACAUCAAUUAAUGUGUUGGUGCCGAUGAUCAUCCGCCAUGUAUAUGGCAUCCAGCGUGAAUCCGUGUGUGGCGUUGCCUUAAAUGGACUAUCCCGGAUUUUCGUCAAGUUUUGUGAUACCAAGACCUACGAGCAGAUUGUCAACCAGUAUCAGGAUGUUAUCAAGCAAGUCACCCCAGCAGUCACAGUUAAGUUGCACGACGUUUCACAAUACUAUACGUGGGUACGUGUGCGAAAUGUGCCUUUUGAGGCUAACAAAGUUGACAUACGUGACGCCUUCAAAUACUAUGGGACGAUCCACCAGGUUACUAUGGGUCGGUGGUCUGAUGGCCACUUUGCUGGUUUACAGGAAGGGUCUUUCACGUUGAAAAUGUCCCUACACCAACCAAUACCUUCGUACAUAAACCUAGAGGAGUUCCGUACCCAGGUGUAUGUUACGUAUCCUGGACAGAGACGAACUUGUCGCCUUUGCGGCGCAUUGGAUCACAUUGCUGCACAAUGCAUUAAGCGCCAGACGCCCUCAGGACGUGGUCGUCGUCCGGAUGGUGAGGCUCCUCGUCGGAUUCUGGCAGAUGAAGUAGUCGAGGACUUACCGUGCCUGAAAUCGUGGAGUGAUGAGGUGGAUCGGGCCAUGCUCGUGGAGUCAUCCUACGUGACUACCUGGUAUGGUCAACCAUGAUGUGGUAGAACAUGGUGUAAGUGAGAGCCCUCAAGCAAGAGAGGAUGCUGACAUGGAAGCUAACAUUGUAUCGACAUUGAGCGACCUUUUAGCUUCGCAGGAGUAUGAUUCUGUGCCAUGUGUGCCUGCGUUGGAGUGUUCAGAUGAGGAGAGAACACAGUUAAAGAAUGUCGAUCAGUUAAUUAACGUAAGUGAGGUAGAAGGUCCGAGAGUUCAUACUGUUGCGGUAGAAGUUCACAAGGAGAACAUUACAGGUCCUGAUAAAGCUGAGGAUGCUGUUUCUAGGAAGCGUGCGGCUACCCCGCCUGACUCCGACGAUGUCUUGACCCCUGGACAGCGUUCUGGGAAGAAGACGUGGUCGGAAGUCACUGGUGGGGCGUCGCGUGGUUCCAGGACAGCGAGUAAUAUAACAGAGAAUGUACAAGGUAAAGGUGGCGCCUUAGGCAUUAGUCAACGUAAAGGAAAAAAGGGUGUGGUGGUCCCUCGAGGAAAGCCACCGUUAGCAAAGUGUUGUGAUAGAAACACAGGCCUUAUCUCUAGGCUUUAUUGAACAUAGAAUCUUCAUAGUACUUCUGCAACAACAAAAUAUAAUGACUAGUACAUCUAAUAAUAGCUUCUACAGGGAUGGUGAUGUCUUGCAUAUGUCAAGAGAAAAGUUAUAACUACAGGCCACAUAUUUAAACUCACCAUGUAAUCUGCAUCGCUGAUAAAUGGAUAAAGUAGGAGAGAAUCACACACCAUGUGUUGGUGCCCAUGACACACACCAAACUGUUGUUGUUGUUAAGGGCCCCUAGAGGUGGUGCAGUAUUAUCCUGCUGCUGCUCCCCACAGGACCAGUAUCACUACAAUCUCCCCCUUCUAAAAUAUCAGAGACAGUAAUCUCCCAAACUGUUAGGUGGGCGACGUACACGUCCCGACCUUCGUAGCCCUUGAGCCUCUUCACCAGGUUCGAUAUUUUCCAGCGGGGUUUGAUUAAC